AUGAAACGUGUGCGACGCUCGAGAAACGGCGUUUUGCGUUUUACCGCCGCUCUGUCAUUGCGGUAAGUCGUAACCACGCCCAUUGCCUUGUUGUCACAACUAGUUGAAACUAGAAACGGAGUUUCGGUUUCACGUAGGAGCUCGUUUUAAUAUUUUAUGUGGUUAGGGAUCUUCGAUAAAUGAAGUCGUUUUAUUGACAAAUUUUAUAUCGAUACAACCUUACAAAUAUAUCCUCUCGAUAUUAUCGAGUCUUUCGAUAUUUUAAUUUAAUUAUUAUGUACAUUUAUAAAUUAUUUGGGAUGUCAUAUAUUAAUUGCUAGGUUUACUAUUUACACAUCGCAGGGUGCAAUUUCCACCACACUCCUCGUUGACUACUCGUUUUAUUAAAAUAAAUUAUAACCUAUUAGCCUAUAAAACAUUUCUAUUUUUAGAAAAAGUUUCCAAGCCCCUUUUCUGAAAGGAAAUCGGUUUCGGUAUUUUAGGGAGGUUAUUUUAAAUUUUUUGUUUUUAAAAGCAGGAAAAUGUAUGAAAUGUAUUACUUUAAAUAUUACGAUAUAUUUUUCCCGUGCGCAUAUUGUCAAACAACAAUUUUGCUUCAACUUUUAAUGAUAGUCAUGUUUCUUAAAGGAAAUUUCACUACGGAAUUACUUUAAACAGGUUAUUUUUCGAUUUUCUCAGGAGUUUUCUUAUCGAAUUUAAAAACCGAGAAAAUAUAAGUAAUUUAGGUAUUAGUUAAAAUAUAUUACGGCCUUCUUUUCUCGGUACACAACUUUUCUACCAAAGAAUUUGUUCCAACUUAUAUUGGUGGCAAUGUUUCUAAAAGAAAAACGUAGGAAAAUUGGGGAAUCAGUACAACGUUAAAUAAAUAUUACUAAACAAAAUAUAUAAAGCCUAUUUAACUAUUUUACUUGAAAAUAAAUAUAUUUAUUAUUGACAAAGCAUCAACUGAAUUUCAUUCAGAAUCGUUUUUUCGUAAGCAAUGGUUUAUCUUUGCUUGAUAUACAUUAAAUUCUCGUCUGUAUCCUACCUUCUCCAUUUCUCACCUAUACCAGUGCUGCACCCGUUCCUAUUAUCUUAUCUUUCUUUUUUAGAAAUAUUUUCUAACACAAUACACCUUAUAGGUAUACAAUAAAAUUGGCUUAUUAUAAAAAAAAAGAUUUGACACUGCUGAUGGAUGCGCUAUUGUUGUAGGUGGAAAGUCAGAAAGGUAGAAACAUAAUGCUAUUUUAUCAACGAAAAAACGAUUCUGAGUGGAGUUCAGUUGAUAGUGAUGUUUUGUAAACAAUUUGGAGCAAAAUUUCUGGAAGAAGAAUUGUUGACAGAAAAAAAGGCCAUAAUAUUUGUAGCUAAUAUCUACAUUUCGUACAUUUUCCCGUUUUUCCUCCAUUUUUUUUUCGAUUUUUUGCAUUUGAUGAUAAAAUUCUUGAGAAAUUCGAAAAAUGAUCUUUCUUUAUGAGCCAUACUUCUUCUUCUUCUUGUUUCUGGUUAAAGGCCUUUCAAGACCAUCCCAUCUCACACCCGUUCCUCCAUUCUUCUCUAUCCAUUGCUCUUUCUUUCCAAUUCGUUCCUCCUAGCGAUUGUACAUCCUUUUUAACUACGAUCUACAUAAAUCUACAUAAUUAUAAGUAUUUUAUAUACAAAAGUACAGUUAUUUUUUUAAUAGCUAUUUAUGGAUUACAUGAACAUCAUAACUAAUAAUAUUUUUUUUCAUUUGUCUUCACGUCCAUUAGUGUAAAAACUAAUCUGUUGUGUCUUACAGAUGAUACUUAAUUGAAUUGUUAGAAUUUUUAAACACAUGGUUAGGAAGUUAAAAAUAGAUACAUAUUGUUAUCGAAUUUAAGAGUUUGCACAUAGCAAAAUAUUCAUAUGUAAGUAUCAUAUAAGAACUUAUUGAAUUUUUAAAGAUCUUUCCAACUACAUAUGCGAAAAAAAUGUUCAUCCUUCAGUUUUAUGUUAUUAUAUUAAUUUCAUGGAAGUUUACAUAAUAUCUUUCUAUAGAAUAUUAUCAAAAUUUAUAGAAAAAAAAAAAAAAAUUACAAAGUUAUAAGCCUGUGACAUACAAACAAAUUAUAUUAGUUACGCUUUGGCUACAAAACUAAAAAUUAUGUUGGGCAUAUUUUUUUUCUUACAAAAUAUUGGAUCUGAUUAAAAUUUUGUAACUUAUAAAAAUGUCAUUCUGUAUUACAUCAAGUAAUUUAUUAAAAUCAAUUAUUUUUGUAUUAAAAAUUAUAUAAAUUUAUUAAUACUUACUUGUAGUGAUGCCGUGACAUUGAGUGUCAUUCUUAAACCCUAUAUCUGCAAAGCUUUUGCAUUAAGAUUAUGUAAAUAAUUAAAGGCUAAUAAACUUGUUGUUUAGGUUAUACCUACCUAAACUAUUGAUAAAUUAAUAACUAGGAAAUAACAAUAUAUUAUGCACUAGUAUAACAACUCAAAAAUCGUACACCUUUGCUUAUUACUUAUUUUUGUUUUGGAGUUGGCCACUAAUAAACUUCCAUUCGACUCCAUAUUGUAGAUAUGUAUAUAUAACGUACAUGGUUAUUUUAAACACAUUUAUUAUAACAUAAUAUUAUUAAACUCUGGGUUUAGAAACAUUGUCACUAAUAAUCUUACAUACAAUUUAAUAAAAUAAUUUUAAGUUGUUUAAUCUUUUUAAAACUCCGUGUAAAAAGUCAACAUACUCGAUAAGUUAUUGAAAGGCGCUAUUUAAGUUAGGUUAGCUUAAAUCAAGGAAUACUGAAAUAAUUUCAUUAUAAAAUAUUUGUAGUACUUAAAAAACCAAAUUAUUUUUAAUGCUUGGACUUAAGUGCCCAAAAAAUUUACCAAAAAAAAAACGUAUUCACAAAAUAAUAUCCUUGAAAAAUAAUCAAAAUAUGCUUUAAACAUUUGAGAAAAAUAUUAAAUAUUCAUUUUCAAAUUUUCUAGUUCUAAUUUGUUUAGGUGUAGAUGCAUCACGACCUUUAAUAAUAAGAUAAAAACAUUUCAAAUUCAUACAUAAAAUGAUUGACAAUCUGAAGAAUAUUUAAAACCUUAAAACCAAAAUUUCUUAAAAUAAUAUUUUGAGUUGCCUAAAUUUAAACUAUUAAUUUGUAUAAUGUAUAAAUAUGUAAUUAAAACUAACAACAGAUAGAGAUCAGGGAAAUAUCUAAAAUAAAAGUUUUGUUUUUAAAGUAUCUUUUACAUUGAAAUCUGUUUAUAAAAAUGUUUAAAAUUUAUUUUAAAAAAAACUAUUAAAUUGGUAACUUUAUUAAGUAAUUUAAGUAAAUCUGUUAGAUAAAUAUAAAUAAAAAUAGCUAAAAGGAAUUUUCAAAUUAAAGAAAAUAUAUAUAGAAACUUAGUCUAGAGUUAUAAACUUCUUUUUAAAACAUUUAAAAUAUUCAUGGACAGCUACUUCAUUGAAACUAAUAUUUAAAAUUAAUUAGAAUAAUAAAAUGCAAUUAUUUAUUAUUUAUUUUUGUUCACAUAACUAUUUUUAUAGUUUAAAAUUUUAUUUAUAGUUUAAACCACAUUUUUUGUUGAUAGUCAAUCUGACCAUAGUGAACACAUUUCUCAAGAAGCCAACAGUUCUGAACAAUCAACUGAUGAAUAUAGUCCUUCAGUGCGACCCAAAAGGGUGGUUAAAACAUCUAAACUUAGUGAUAGUGAAGAAUCAAGUGAUUAUAGUUCCCAAGAUACCAAAAAGAUGUAAGUGUUAAUUUUUAUAUUAUUUAAAAAUAUAUAUAUAAUGGUACAUUUGCAAGUGAUUAUUAUUAUUAUUUUUUUUUUUUUUUUUAAUGUUUAGAAAAUGGAAAAGUGAUAGCUCAGAUUACGAUUCUGAAACUGAUAAAGAAGAAGUACCCCGAAGUAAAUCAUUAGCUGCUUUACGCCGUCAAAAACAACCUAUAAGACGUCCUACAACCAAAGUUAAUCCACGUUAUAAAAAAAAAAAUAGUAGUUUUAGUGCUAAUAGUGAUGAUGAAGAAUAUAGUAAAUCUAGGUUAGUUAUCACCUAUUAAUGUUUUUUAAUUUUUAUUGUGAUUUAAUUGUAUUUUAAUAUAUAAUAAAACUAUAGUUUAAUAAUAAAUAUAUAUACAUUUUUUUUUUUUUUUUUUUUCAAGAAAUGCCCGACGAAGACCAGUGGCAGUCAGUUAUAAAGAAGAAAGUGAAAAAAGUGAUAGUGAUGAUUACUUGGAAAGAGAAGAAGUGGAAGAAAAAGAAGAACCACCUGAUACUUCAGAAACAAUUGAAAAAGUUUUGGCUCGUAGACAAGGUAAAAUAGGCAUUGUUGGAGGCAUAACUACUGUUUACUCAGUAGAAGAAAAAGGAGACCCUAAUGUUGAGUGUGAAUCCAAUGAACAAGAAACUCAGUAUUUAAUUAAAUGGAAAGGUUGGUCACAUAUUCAUAAUACUUGGGAGUCUAUGAAUUCACUUCAGGCCCAAAAAGUUAAAGGGCUUAAGAAAAUUGAUAACUUUGUGAAACGUGAAGAUUCCAUUUGUGCUUGGCGUAAUCAAAUGACACCUGAAGAUUCUGAGUAUUAUGAAUGUCAACUUGAACUUCAACAGGAUUUGUUAAAAAGCUACAAUACUGUUGAAAGAAUAAUAGGUAUUAUUAUUAAAGUUAACUAGUUAUAUUAAUAAAAGAAAGUGUCUGUGUUUGUUAGUGAGCAAUGCGAAGCUAAAUCUUGCAUAGUGUUUUGCUUAUUAAGUCAAUUAGUCGGUUUACACCUCAAAAUCAUAAUACAGCAGUUUAACCACUAAAAUUAACACAGUAUUUUUGGAAUGAAAAUAAAAUUAUUUUAGAUUUAAAAGAAGCAAAGAUCUAUUGGUUUUAUUGUGUAUAAAUUUUCAAAUAAGAAACUUUCUCAAACGAAUGAAGUGCAGCACCUUUACUAAAAGGAAAUUUUAUCUAAUUGGUAUAUUGAGAUUAUAUUUUGAUUGUCCAUAUUUCUUAAUAGGAAUAACUGAAAAAAGAUGUUAAAUGAAAACAAACAAAUUCUUUUAUUUUAAAUGUGUACACUCUUCUUUCUAUAGCAAUAUUGUUUCAAUAAAAAAAAAAUGUUUUUUUUCUUUUUGAUACAUUUUUAAUCAAGUUGGAAAGUCAUACUGUAGUUUUUUUUAAUAUUUGAGCAAAACAAAAAACAGAAGAAUGAAAAAAUGUAUGAAAAUAAUAAUUUUAUUAUUAUGUUGGAAUUCAGUUUAAAUUAUUUAUAGAGACUUGAAAUUUAGAGAGAAAACUUUUAUUUCCCUUAACUAGACAUAGUAAAAUUUUUAAAAACUUUUGAGCUAGUUACAGAUAUUUUAAUUUUGAGAGGUUUUAACGUCAUUUUUAUUUGAUAGGUAGUCUUGAUAAAAUUGUUUGACCAAACAGAAUUGCUUUAAAAUUUAACAGGAGGUUCAUUAUAAGUUGUUCUUAGUGAUCAAAUAAAAAAAUUGAGUGCAAUGUAUUUUUUUUUAUAUGUAUAUAAAACUUGUAGUAUCAAAUUUUGAUGAAAAUCCUAAAUUUUACAGUCUUUCAAAACAUGUUUAACUGAAUUUCGCUCUGAAUCAUUUUUCAUUUGCUAUGCUCUAUCUUUGCUAACGUUAUUUACACUUUUGUCUCGUAUAAUUUAUUAAAUUUACCUUUCAAGUUCUGGUUUUUGGCGUUAUAUUAAAAAAUUAUUGGUGUUAAUGAGUUAAAUCAAUGAUUCUUAAUCUUGUUGAUGCCACGGCCCCCUUUAAUGUCACUAGAUUUUGAAUAACCCUUCUAUUUUGAUAUUACCUAAUAAUUUAUGUAUUGACGACCCUAAAAAAAUGGUUGGAGACCCCGAGGAUAUCACGACCCCCUAUUUGAGAAUGUGGCUAGGUUAAAUAACUUUUUGUAUUUUCCUUUCACAAGUUCCCACCUACCAAAGUGGCAUAUGGAAUAAAAAUGGUUAUAGUUAAUUAUUUUGACUUGUCGUGGGCUAUGAAAUAUUGUUUUAAAAAUAAAUUUCCUGGAAACAACUUUUAAGUAUUAUAAGGAUAGGGUGGGCACAGGGUAGUGCUUUUUAUUAUUAUUUUUCUCAAUAUUUUUUUUGUAUAAAGCUGCACAAGACAGCUAUAGUAUAUUUCAGAUGUAUUAACUUAAAGGUACAAAAUAAUUUAACUAUACAAAUUUCCAUUUGCUAUAAAACUUAAAAAAAUUAAACUGAUACUUAUAUUAUAAUACUCUAUACUAAGCAACUAUACUAGUAUUUUUAAAUGUUUUUUAGGAGAAUCCAAAAAUGCAGUACAAAAAGAAUAUUAUGUGAAAUGGCAAUCAUUGCCUUAUAGUGAUGCUACUUGGGAAGUUGCUGCACUUAUAGAGCGUAAAUGGCCACAGAAAAUAAAGGAAUUCAGGGAUCGAGAGGGCUCAAAAAGAACGCCAUCAAAAGCGUGUAGAGCCUUAAAAUAUCGCCCAAAAUUUGUCCAACUUGCUGAAGAACCUGAUUAUUUUGGUGGUUAUGACGAGGUUUGUUUUUAAAUAAAAUGUAUAGGAUUAAUUAAUUAAUAAUUAUAAAUAAAUUAUUGUUUAGAAACUGAAAUUACGAGAUUAUCAGUUACAUGGUGUGAAUUGGCUUAUUCAUUCUUGGUGUAAGGAUAAUUCUGUUAUUCUUGCUGAUGAAAUGGGUCUCGGCAAAACCAUUCAAACCAUUUGUUAUCUUUAUUAUUUAUUUCACAACUAUCAAAUGCAUGGUCCAUUCCUAGUUGUUGUUCCUUUAUCAACUAUGCCUUCUUGGCAACGGGAGUUCAGUUUAUGGGCUCCUGAUAUAAACAUUGUAACAUAUAUUGGAGAUGUUGAAUCUCGUAACAUCGUGAGUAAUGUACACAUUUUUUUAAAAAUAUGUUUCUAUAUCAUUAAAUUGUUUUACAGAUACGAGAAACGGAAUGGUGUUUUGAGAGUUCUAAAAGACUGAAAUUUAAUGCAAUACUAACUACAUAUGAGAUUGUGCUCAAAGAUAGUUUACUUUUAAAUGGUCUUAGUUGGGCUGUUUUGAUGGUUGAUGAAGCUCAUCGUCUGAAAAAUGAUGAUUCACUUUUGUACAAAGCUCUUAAAGGAUUUGAUACUAAUCAUAGGCUACUUAUAACUGGAACCCCUUUACAAAAUAGUUUAAAAGAACUGUGGGCAUUAUUACAUUUCAUAAUGCCUGAUAAGUAAGUAGUCUUAUAAUUUAUUUAAUUUAUAUUCUAUCGGUUUAUAAAUUAUAGAUUUGAUAACUGGGAAGAGUUUGAGCAUAUGCAUGACAAUGCCGCCAGUAAAGGUUAUACAAAACUCCAUAGACAACUUGAGCCAUACAUUUUACGACGUGUUAAAAAAGAUGUCGAAAAGUCGUUACCAGCGAAAGUAUGUAGAUUUUAUUUUUGAUCGCUGAUUUAUAAUAUUCAAAUCUUAAUUGUGUUUAUAUAAUGUAAAUUUUUAAUAAUAAAGGCUUGUCGAAUAAAUCAACUUUUAUAUUGAUAGGUUAUAUGAUGAUUUUUACUUAUAUUCUUUGCAUAGGUUUGAAUGCACUAAAACUAAUCAAUUAUGUCAUUUAUAAUAUAAUAGUUAAUAUUUGGGAUGAAGGCGAAAGAGUAGAAGAGUUUAAAAAUAAUAUUAAUUCAAUAUUUUUGUUCUUAAAAUAUAAAAUGUAUAUAUUUAUUUAAAUAUGCAUGUAUAUAAUUUUUUUCUGUCUGUAUGCCACUGAACUCCUUUUAAAUGGCUAGACUAAUUUUGAUGAAAUUAUUUGUGUGUUUCAAUGGGUUCUUGAAUGGUUAGAAUUCACAAUUGGACCGGUUAGGUGGUUAACAAAUAGUUAUUGGUAUAUUUAAUACAGCAAUAAAAUUAUGAUUUACCUUGGUGAUACUAAUAAAACAUAAAAAAUAAAGAAAUAGUAAGAUAGUCCAUGUAAGUUGUCCUAAAAUUAAAGUAUCUGAUAGAAAAUGAAUAAAUAAAAAUCCAAGUAUCCAAAUAAAAAUAACAGUUAUGUUUAAAAAAAUAGAUUUUUAAUGUUGAUGUAUUAACUAGAAAACAGAUACACAGAUUUGACAAUUUUUGAAAAAUCCUCUGGACAAGUUGUAACUUUAAAUGGUAGUUUUGUAUGAAAACUUCAAUACUUUUUUCUUUAAUUCAUUCAUAUCACCAAUGUUACCUGCAAAUCAAUAAAAAUAAUUUGAUAAUUGAUGUCCAGUUUUUCUGCCAUCACAUGUUUCCAUAAUAAUAGUGAAUUAUUUAUUUUGAAAAAUAAACCUCUGUAUGAAAGAAAAAUUUUAGAAAUUCUUACGAAAAGUUGGAAAUUUGGAUUGUAUCAAGUUAAGUUGACGUCGUCAACAAAUUAUUAACUCAUUUUUAUAUACCUAUAUAUCUGUAGAUUAACAAUAGUUAUUAAUUUUAUAUUAAUAUAAAUUGUCUGCAAAUACGCACAUAAAGGCAUAAAAGUAUUGCCAAGAUGUUUGCAAGCAACUAUUAUAAUACGGUAUACAAGCUCUCCCAGUGUCAAGUGUUCCUACCUUUAAAAUCCAACCCUCUAAAAUUUGGUUUUACAAUAUUUAUGGUAUAAAAAUCAUGAAAAAUUCCACCAGUGAGUUUAAUAAUAUUUUUAGAGGAAAAAUAAGCUUGUUCUCAUUCGUCUGACGCGUAACUGUACUGUUGUAUACAGUGCUGUUGCCGCUAUGCCGUAAUAGUGAGAUUUUCAUUCAAACAAUAUUUUUCUAAUUUCAAGGCCAUGAUUUUUGUUAGGUAUUGACUUUUCCCAGUUUUAACUAUAAUACACUAUAAUAGUACUAGCACGUCUCUGUUGUAUGUAAAUAGACCAUAAAUGUACAUUCAACCAAAAUACUUAACAUAAGCAGAUCACAGAAAAUAUGUAUACAUAUAAUUUUAGAAUCUGAGAGAAGCAAAGAACAACGGUAUUGCUUUUGCAGUGAUGUUUAUUUUUUUAGGCUGUGUACAAAAUAUCUACCCAAAUUUUUAUUUUGAUUUUCGAGUUUAGCACCUUUUCUAAAAGGAAAUUUGAAUGGUGUGAUACUUUAAGUGGGUAGUUUUUUGAUUCAUAAUUAUUAAGAAAGUUAGAAAAAAAAGAUGUGGGGAUAAAAAAAAUAUAUAUUUACUGUGUAAUGAUUUCAUGAUUUUACAUUUUUGUAAUUUGGAUCUAGUUGCUCACAAAGAAGGGUCAUUUUUGAUUUCCCAAUAAGUUUUCAUAAUUGGAAAAAACUGGAAAAUUUACAAUAAUAAAUGACCUUACUGAUACCUUAGAUAUCCCUGAACAACUGGUUAGUGUACCUUUUAAUCUCCCAUUUCAUAAACUACAAAAACCAUGUUCAAUUUUAUGUUCUGUACCAUUCUACAGUACAGUGUAAAAUAUAUAAUUUAAUAUAAAUUAACUUUGUUUUAUAGGUAGAACAAAUAUUAAGGGUUGAAAUGACUCCUGUUCAAAGAAAAUAUUAUAAAUGGAUUUUAACUAAAAACUAUAAUGCCUUAAGAAAAGGAUCUAAAGGCUCAUCUACAACAUUUUUAAAUAUUAUGAUUGAACUAAAAAAAUGCUGUAAUCAUGCUCUUUUAACCAAACCCCAAGAAAAUGAAAACACUGCUGAUGACAAUCUUCAGGUGAAAUCUAAUUUGCUUAAUACAAAUUAAAAAAAUCUCAACCAAAUAUUUCUGUUCAUUUUAGAGUUUAUUACGUGGGUCUGGUAAACUUAUGCUUCUUGAUAAGUUAUUGGUACGUCUGAAAGAAACUGGUCACAGAGUAUUAAUUUUUUCUCAGAUGGUUCGUAUGUUAGAUAUUCUUGCUGAAUAUUUAAGUUAUCGUCAUUUGCCAUUUCAAAGACUUGAUGGAAGUAUUAAAGGUGAUAUCCGAAGACAGGCUUUAGAACAUUUUAAUGCCGAAGGAUCCCAAGAUUUUUGUUUUUUAUUAUCCACUCGUGCUGGUGGUCUUGGUAUUAAUCUAGCAACAGCUGAUACAGUAAUUAUAUUUGACUCGGAUUGGAAUCCUCAAAAUGAUUUACAAGCUCAAGCAAGAGCCCAUAGAAUUGGACAAAAAAAUCAAGUUAAUAUUUAUAGACUAGUUACAAAAGGGUCAGUUGAAGAAGACAUUGUAGAAAGAGCAAAACAAAAAAUGGUUUUGGAUCACUUAGUAAUUCAACGAAUGGAUACUACAGGUCGUACAGUUUUAGAUAAGAAAGCUAAAAAUGCAUCAAUUCCUUUUAAUAAAGAUGAGCUUACAGCUAUAUUAAAAUUUGGUGCAGAAGAACUAUUUAAAGAUGAUCCUGGAGCAGAUGAAGAACCUUUGGUAAAAUUAAAAUGAAAAUUAUACAUAUUUAUGUACAAAUUAAGUUUAUAAUGUAACAAUUAAUUUAAUUUGAUUUUUAGUGUGAUAUUGAUGAAAUUUUGAGGCGAGCUGAGACACGCGAUGAAGCACCAACAACAGUGGGUGAUGAACUUUUAUCAGCUUUUAAAGUUGCUAGCUUUACUUUUGAUGAAGAAAAAGAAAUUAUUGAUAAAUCACCUAAUGCACAAAAUGAACAAGAAAAUAAAGAAUGGGUAUUUCUUUUUUUCUUAAAUUUGUAUUCUUUAUUUAAUUAAUAAAGAGAUAAUUUUAAUUAAUAUAGGAAGAAAUUAUACCUGAAACUUUAAGGAAGAAGGUCGAAGAAGAAGAAAAAGCUAAGGAAAUGGAGGAUCUUUAUUUACCUCCUAGAAGUCGAAAAACUUUACAAAAAGUAAAUCAGGGUGAUGAAAAGGGUGAGAAGUCUAAAAAGGAUGAAUCUGAUGAUUCCAGCUAUGACGGAAGUGAUGAAGAUCAACCAAGAAAACGUGGUAGACCACGUGUUGGAACUAAAGAAAUAGUUAAAGGUUUCACUGAUGCAGAGGUAUGUAGAAAAUAAUUCCUAAAAGGAAACUGUAUCUAGUGGAUGGUUGAGUCUAGAAUGGAGGUCAUUUUUUGAUAUUCCAAGUAGUUUUUAUAAUUAUUAGGAAAAAAGGUUAUUUAUGGUGUUGUGAUUACUUUAUUUUAAAUUUGUAUGCUUUAUUUUCUACCAGCAAUAUUCUAAUAAAAGAAAGACCUUUUUUUGUUGCAUUAUUAAUCUAGUUGUAGAUUUAAAAAGUCGUUAUUUGAUUUUUCCUGUAAUUUGUUUAAUAUUUGAGCAAAACUGAAAAAAAAACUUUGAAAGAAUGGGAAAAUAUACGAAAAUUAAGUUUUAUUAUUUUUAUAGUAAAAAUACGAUUAUUAACUAUUUAAAUAAUUUUGUUUUUACUUUAUUUUAUAAUUUAUUAUUUUGUUGUUAAUAGAUUGAUUUCCUUCGGGGUUUUCUUUACUGUAUCAUACCAUCUCUGCCGAGGUCUACCUCUUGGUCUUUUUCCCAUUAGAUUGUUUACCGUGAUUCUUAAUGAGUGAUCUCUCUACUUGCCAAACGUGUCCUACCCAUUCUAGCCUUUUUCUGGCUAAAAAAUGUUGUAGACUGCUUAUUGUACAGCUGUUGCAGGUUUUUAAUUGUUCUUUGGAAACAUCCCAAGUCAUUAUUUUAUACUGGGUCAUAUACUUUCCUGAGUAUUUUCCUCUCGAAACUCUGUAGUCUUUCUUCAUUUCCUUGAGUGCUAGACCACGUCUUGCAUGUAUACCUUACUAUAGGUCUCAAGUAAGUACAGUAGAGGUAUUCCUUUAUACGUCUGGAUAGUAACUUGAAGAAAAACAUUUCUUUCAUUGUAAAGUAACAUCUGUUUGCCACAUUUAGUCUCGUCCUAAUUUUAUUAUGCAUAUUGUUCUUUUCUUUUUUAUUAACUCCCGAGUACUUAAAGUCCCCUACCUGCUCGAAAGUAAAUCCUUUGAUGCGUAAAUUAUCCUUUACAGUUGCAUCACCAUAUAUUUUGUCUUGAUUUUGUUUAUCACUAACUUCAUAUUGCAGCCAGAUUUUAUUAGCUUUCUUACACUCUCCUCAACAUCAUUUCUGGUCUCUCCUAGUAAAAUAAUAUCAUCUUCAUAGGCAAGCAAGGUAUAGCAGGGUCCUGUUAAUUCUAUUUCUUUGAGGUCUGAUAUAUCUCUCACCACCUUUUCCAGAGCUAGAUUGAACAGCACUAGGGACAAUGCUGGGGGAGCUAUUUAUAUACAUUUUAAGUUUGUGAGUUUUUAACAUCAUUUUUAUUCGAUAGGUACUCAAAAUAAAAUUGUUUGACUAAACAGAAUUGUUCUAAAAUUGUACAAGAGGUUUUCAUUAUAAGUCAUUAUUAGAGGCCAAAUAAAAAUGUUUAGUGUAAUGUGGUUUUUUUCUUAUUUAUUUAUAAAAGUUGUAAUAUCAAUUUUAAUUAAAAUCUUAAACUUAACAGCCUUUUGAAACAUGGUUAACCGAACUUCGCUCAGAAUUGUUUUUCAUUAGCAAUACUUUAUCGUUGCUACGAAUAUAAAUUGAACGACUUUAUAUACACUACCUUCCCAACUUUCUGCCCAUAACAGUUGACACCUAUCUUUAGUAUCAGCUUUUUUUUUAAAAAAAAAUUAUUAAUGUUUAAAAUUAAAACAUUAAGUAAUUAUUGCUUAGAAAUAUUUGUCAAAUAUUAGAUCUGUUCUUAGUAAUACAAAUUUAUAAUAUACAGGUGUCUCAUGCAACAUUGUGGCACCCAUUGCAUUAAUCUCUGUAGAUAAUAGAGGUAAUCAAAUUCUGUAUUUUUUAUGUUACUUGCAGGACUACAAAUGUAAGAAAAACAGAAUUUGAUUCACUUUAUUGUCUCUGGAGAUUUUACAGUGGGUAUAUUUUCGUGAGACACCCCGUAUAAUAUUAAUGCAAUGUAAUAGUAAGUCAAUUAUUUAAUUCCCAGUUUUAGAUUUAUUUUCAUGUUUUAGUUUUAUAACUUGCUUUAUAAAUAUUGCAUCUUUUUUUUUGCAGAUUCGUAAAUUUAUUAAAAGUUGUAAACGCUUUCCUAAACCUUUGAAACGCAUAGAUGCUGUUGCUGGUGAUGCUGAUCUUCAAGAAAAACCCAAAUCUGAAUUAAAAAGAUUAAUUCAAAUGUUAUAUGACCGUUGUCAUGAAGCAUGUCAUAGUGAAAACACUGAAAAAGAAUCAGAUGCUACAAAUGAAGAUGGUGUCAAAAAGAGAAAUAGAGGGCCUUCUAUAAAACUUGGUGGUGUGGCUGUUAAUGCUAAAAGUGUGUUGGCUUGUAGUGAAGAACUAGAUGUUUUAGAUGAAAUUAUACCAUCAGACGAAGAUGAAAGAUCUAAAUGGACUUUAGAUUUAAAACGUGUAAAAUCAGCCAAUUUCGAUUUUGACUGGGACAUAACUGAUGAUUCUAAACUAUUAACUGGUAUCUAUCUUUAUGGAUUAGGUUCAUGGGAAGCAAUGAAAAUUGACACUGCCUUAGGUCUUAGUGACAAAAUAUUGUCUAAUGAAGAUAAAAAGCCUCAAGCUAAACAUUUACUAGCUCGUUCUGAAUACUUAUUAAAAAUGUUAAAAAAAAAUCGAGUAUUAGUUAAAGGUGAUCCAAAACCUAGGAAGACACGUAAGGUUAAAGAAGGAAAAUCAAAAGAAAUAGUUGAUGAUGAUAGUACUGACAAUGAAAAUGGAAACAAAAAAAAAACAAAUGCUACGAGUACUCAUAAUCAAGAUGACAAAUCAAAAAUUAAAAAAGAUUUAAAUAAUGCAAAAUCUGUUGUAUUAACUGGAUCACCAAAAAAAGAAAAAAAACGUAAAGUAAUCACUAAGACUGGCCCAAUGCAUUUCACUGCUAAUAGUGAGCCUAAAGCAGUAAAUGUUGAUGAUAUAGUUGAACUUCCAAAAGAUAAAUUUUUAGAGGUAAAUUGGCUUUUAAUUUACUUACACAAAUUGCAUUACUCUUCAAUAUCUGUACAAACUACAAAAGUAUUGAAAUUUUUUAUAUGUAACGUAUUAUUUUAUAUAAUAACAAAUUAUUAUAUUAUUCAUUUUAACAGUGCAAAGAAAAAAUGAGACCAGUGAAGAAAGUUUUAAAAGCAUUAGACGACCCAGAAGAAAAAAAAAAUGAAUUAAGAUAUGUAAAUCAUAUGCAAGAAUGUUUAUUAGAAAUAGGAUCACAUAUUGGAAAAUGUUUAGAAGAGUAUAAAGAUCCAGAUAAAAUACGAGAAUGGAGAAGGUUUAUUUUAUUUAUUUAUAGUAUUUGUAUUUAUUCGGAAUAAUAUUUAUUUUAUUUUAUUAAUUUUUAUAGUAAUUUGUGGUUCUUUGUUUCAAAGUUUACUGAAUUUGAUUCUAAAAAACUGCUAAAAAUUUAUCGAAAAGGUUUACAUACAACUGAAAAACUUGAAAAAGAUAAAUAUAAAGUUAAAGAGAAAGGUAAAUUAAAACCAAAAGAUGACAAAAAACACCAAAAGAAUGUAAGUUAGUUGUAUUACAAAUUUUUUAAUAAUAUUUAUGUAUUUGUAUUUGAAUUUGACAGAUCGAUUCUGAAGAUUUACAAAUACCUUUAAAACGAAAACCCCGGGAUAGUGAUGAUCUAGAAAAGACACAUAAAAAAUCAAAAUUUAAUUCAAAUAGUAGUUCAGGUGCAGCACUGCUAACAACCCCCACCUCAGUUCCAUCUACCCCUCCAAGUUCUAGUAAUUCAUCUAAUGCUACAAGAUCAUAUGACCAAAGUAGUAACCGAUAUGAUACUAAUUACAACCAUCAUAGAAAUAGAAGUGCACCCUAUUCUAGGAGUGAUAACCGAAGUGAUAACCGAAGUGAUAACCGAAGGUAAAUUGAGUUGUAUUAAAUUGUAAUUUUUUCUUAGCCUUUUGUUUUUAAUUUAACCAUAAUUUACUAUAUGUGUUAAGGUUUUCAUCCAGUCGAGAUGCCAAUGCCAGGCGCGAGAGGUAUGACAGUAGUUAUCGUAAUCGCCCUGGAUUUAGAGAAAGAGAAAGAGAGCUCGAUUCUGAUAUGCGAAUGUAUGAAAAAAUCAGGUUUGUGAACUGCGAAAAUAAUUUUUCUACAUUAAUUAUAAAAUGUGUUUAAAUUGUUUGUUUAAAUAGAUAUCAACAACAAGCAUAUGCUGCAUACGGCCCAGCAUCUGCAGCUAGUUUCUAUGCUCCUGAAUUGUAUGGCCGUUCUAGCUCUGCCUCAUACAUGAGCUUACCACCAUACAGUGUUUCAGCUGAUUGGCAUCCACCUGUAUCAGAAUACAGGAGAGAUUAUGAACGUAGGCCUAGAAACAAUUCCUAG